AAAAAAGACUUGGCUUGGAGAUGCAGUCCGCUGCCACCGCCGCUGCCUAAGCCAGCAAUGCAAGAUUAGAUCUUUAAAUGCAGCAAUACACAGCGUGAAAGCCGACCAUCCUGCAAAACGAGCAGACAUUUCUCCGUGUUCCAGGGAAGCCUCAAACAUACAUACGUAUCUGUGACUCUUUUCUUCGUCCUUACUCAUUCCCAUCCAUUUCAUCACCGAAUACGAGUAACUAAGGAUUCCACUUUUCUAUCUGCCUGGAGACACACCUCCCCAAGCCCUCCCCCACCCGAUUCGAAGAGUAUUCUGUAGGCUGCCAGAGGGAGUGGAUUUUGCAGCGCCUAGCGGGAGCGAGGAAAACCCACCAAUUCUUCAGCUCAUUAUCAUCUCUCCCAGACUCUAUUUCCUUCUUAUCGCCAGCCUCAUCACCAGGCAAGUUUGAGCCAUCUGAAGUCCAGGCAGAGGAGACAAAGCCUUGGGCUCGCCCUAAGCUGCAGGAAGCCGCCGCCUUGCUCCAAGCUGCUGCAGCUUCGCUGAGCGGUUGCUUCUCACCCAGUGCGAAUGCUGUAGAUCAACAGGUUCGGGCAACUUGAGCGGAAUUAGGAGAGACUGUCUGGUGCCGCAGCCCGGGUGCGGAGGGAAGGAAGGACUCACAGACUUGUGGCUCCCUCUGAGCUCCGACGCUCCGCCCCGGUUCCAGACUGGCGCGCACCCACCAGCUCGCACUUCCAGUCCGGCUGCUCCUGCUCCCACCCCACCGGUCUGGGAUGUACCUUUCCAUCUGUUGCUGCUUUCUCCUGUGGGCCCCUGCCCUGACACUCAAAAACCUCAACUACUCAGUGCCAGAGGAGCAAGGGGCAGGCACGGUAAUAGGCAACAUAGGCAAGGAUGCCCGACUGCAACCCGGGCUUCCGCCGGCUGAGCGCGGUAGCGGCAGCGGGCGAAGCAAGUCCGGCAGCUACCGGGUGCUGGAGAACUCCGCACCGCACCUGCUGGACGUGGACGCCGACAGCGGGCUCCUCUACACCAAGCAGCGCAUCGACCGUGAGUCCUUGUGCCGCCACAAUACCAAGUGCCAGCUGUCACUAGAGGUGUUUGCCAACGACAAGGAAAUCUGCAUGAUCAAGGUAGAGAUACAGGAUAUCAAUGACAACGCUCCCUCUUUCCCCUCGGACCAGAUCGAAAUGGACAUCUCAGAGAAUGCGGCACCGGGCACCCGCUUUCCCCUUACCAGCGCUCACGACCCAGACGCUGGCGAGAAUGGGCUCCGUACCUAUCUGCUCACCCGCGAUGAUCAUGGGCUCUUUGCACUGGACGUCAAGUCCCGCGGCGACGGUACCAAGUUCCCUGAGCUGGUCAUUCAAAAAGCAUUGGACCGCGAGCUGCAGAACCACCACACUCUGGUGCUGACAGCCCUGGAUGGCGGCGAGCCUCCUCGCUCCGCCACCGUGCAGAUCAAUGUGAAGGUGAUCGAUUCCAACGACAACAGUCCAGUCUUCGAGGCUCCGUCAUACUUGGUAGAACUGCCCGAGAACGCACCCCUGGGCACUGUGGUCAUUGAUCUGAACGCCACUGAUGCUGAUGAGGGUCCCAAUGGGGAAGUUCUCUACUCCUUCAGCAGCUAUGUGCCAGACCGCGUGCGGGAGCUCUUCUCCAUUGAUCCCAAAACUGGCCUGAUCCGCGUUAAGGGUAACUUGGACUACGAGGAGAAUGGCAUGUUGGAGAUCGACGUGCAGGCCAGAGACCUAGGACCUAAUCCAAUUCCAGCCCAUUGCAAGGUCACAGUCAAGCUUAUCGACCGCAACGACAACGCGCCGUCCAUUGGUUUCGUCUCCGUGCGCCAGGGGGCGCUGAGCGAAGCCGCCCCGCCUGGCACAGUCAUCGCCCUGGUUCGGGUCACUGACCGAGACUCAGGCAAGAAUGGGCAGCUGCAGUGUCGGGUACUGGGUGGAGGAGGGACUGGCGGUGGAGGUGGCUUAGGGGGACCCGGUUCCGUUCCCUUCAAGCUUGAAGAGAACUACGACAACUUUUACACGGUGGUUACUGACCGUCCACUGGACCGCGAGACACAGGACGAGUACAAUGUGACAAUCGUGGCCCGGGAUGGGGGCUCCCCUCCACUCAACUCCACCAAGUCGUUCGCUGUCAAGAUACUGGAUGAGAAUGACAACCCGCCUCGUUUCACCAAAGGGCUGUAUGUUCUCCAAGUACAUGAGAACAACAUUCCAGGAGAAUACCUCGGUUCAGUGCUCGCCCAAGAUCCCGACCUGGGCCAAAAUGGGACAGUGUCCUACUCCAUUCUUCCCUCGCACAUUGGCGACGUGUCUAUCUACACCUAUGUGUCUGUGAACCCCACUAACGGAGCCAUAUACGCCCUGCGCUCCUUUAACUAUGAACAAACGAAGGCUUUUGAAUUUAAGGUGCUAGCUAAGGACUCCGGGGCGCCAGCGCACUUAGAGAGCAACGCCACUGUGAGGGUGAUGGUGUUAGACGUGAAUGACAAUGCUCCAGUGAUUGUGCUCCCUACUCUACAGAACGACACGGCUGAGCUGCAGGUCCCGAGAAAUGCUGGCCUGGGCUACCUUGUAAGCACCGUGCGCGCCCUGGACAGCGACUUUGGAGAGAGUGGACGCCUCACGUAUGAGAUUGUGGAUGGCAACGACGACCACCUGUUUGAGAUCGAUCCAUCCAGCGGCGAGAUCCGCACCCUACAUCCCUUUUGGGAGGAUGUGACCCCAGUGGUGGAGCUAGUAGUGAAGGUGACUGAUCAUGGCAAGCCCACCCUGUCCGCGGUGGCCAAACUCAUCAUUCGUUCAGUGAGCGGCUCUCUGCCUGAAGGAGUACCGCGAGUGAAUGGUGAGCAGCACCACUGGGACGUGUCGCUGCCUCUCAUAGUGACUCUGAGCACGAUUUCCAUCAUCCUCCUAGCGGCCAUGAUCACCAUAGCUGUCAAGUGCAAAAGAGAAAACAAGGAGAUUCGCACUUACAACUGCCGCAUCGCUGAGUACAGCCACCCACAGCUAGGCGGGGGGAAGGGCAAGAAGAAGAAAAUCAACAAAAACGAUAUCAUGCUGGUGCAGAGCGAGGUGGAGGAGAGGAACGCCAUGAACGUCAUGAACGUGGUGAGCAGUCCCUCCCUGGCCACCUCCCCCAUGUACUUCGACUACCAAACCCGCCUGCCCCUCAGCUCGCCCCGGUCAGAGGUGAUGUAUCUUAAGCCAGCCUCCAACAACCUGACUGUCCCGCAGGGACACGCAGGCUGCCACACCAGCUUCACCGGACAAGGGACUAAUUCGAGCGAGACCCCUGCCACUCGGAUGUCCAUAAUUCAGACAGACAAUUUUCCCGCAGAGCCCAAUUACAUGGGCAGCAGGCAGCAGUUUGUUCAAAGUAGCUCCACGUUUAAGGACCCAGAAAGAGCCAGCCUGAGAGACAGUGGGCACGGGGACAGUGAUCAGGCUGACAGUGACCAAGACACUAACAAAGGCUCCUGCUGUGACAUGUCUGUUAGGGAGGCACUCAAGAUGAAAACUACUUCAACUAAAAGUCAACCACUUGAACAAGCAUUCCCGACUUUGCUUUCCUUUGCUAUCCUCACCCUACACACCAUCACUACUAGACUUCAAUCUGUUGACCCGCUUCCUCCAGAACCGGAAGAGUGCAUUAACUGCACAGAUGAGUGCCGAGUGCUUGGUCAUUCUGAUAGGUGUUGGAUGCCACAGUUCCCUGCUGCCAAUCAAGCUGAAAACGCAGAUUACCGCACAAAUCUCUUUGUACCCACAGUUGAAGCUAAUGUUGAGACUGAGACUUACGAAACUGUGAACCCCACUGGGAAAAAGACUUUUUGUACAUUUGGAAAAGACAAGCGAGAGCACACUAUUCUCAUUGCCAAUGUGAAACCUUAUUUAAAAGCCAAACGUGCCCUGAGCCCUCUCCUCCAAGAGGUCCCCUCAGCAUCUAGCAGCCCAACCAAGGCAUGCAUUGAGCCUUGCGCCUCAACAAAAGGCUCCCUGGAUGGCUGUGAAGCAAAACCAGGGGCUUUAGCUGAAGCAAGCAGUUCCUAUAUGCCCACUGACAGUCAAUAUCUGUCACCCAGUAAGCAACCAAGAGACCCUUCCUUCAUGGCUUCUGAUCAGAUGGCGAGAGUCUUUGCGGAUGUUCAUUCCAGAGUCAGCCGGGAUUCCAAUGAGAUGGGAGCUGUGCUGGAGCAGCUUGAUCACUCCAAUAGAGAUCUGGGCGGAGAGUCCGUGGAUGCAGAAGAAGUUGUGAGAGAGAUUGAUAAACUCUUGCAAGACUGCCGGGGAAAUGACCCUGUAGCUGUGAGAAAGUGAGGGGGGAACAGCAUUGGUGUUUUCUUGUCUCUUCUGUUGAUUUAAAAAUGGUUCCUCCCGGUGACAACCCAUUUUACAGGGAUGGAAAAGGACCAAUGCUGCUUUAAGGCUUUUAGUGAACAUCUGAAGUGCCCACAAGUAUGUUCUUUUCACUGCUGUUUCUUUUACAGAAAUAACAAUGGUUUUGACCAAACUUAUAUUAGGACAGAAUUAAAGACGCUUAAGAAUAAACAAGAAAAGAGAGAGAGAAGAAAAUGGAGAGCAAAAAAAGGAGGAUGAGGAGACAAGUUACCUUUUGACAAUCUGUUAGGAAGGUACACAGCGGGAGACUUAAAGUAUUUCUAAUCAUUCUAAGACUGUCCUCUGAGAUCGAUGCUGACUUAACUGUUUACCUAUAAAUCUCAUACAAAGCAGGGUCAUAUUUGUUAUCUGUGGUGGAUUUCUAGCUGACAUCACAGGCUUCUACUGAAAGUCCUGAAAAGACCUUGCAGUAGUCCGAGCUACACCAAACAUUAACACAUAUUUGUGGUAAACAUUUCUGUAUAAAGUACCUGCCAAGCAUAGAAACACAAAGACCAUUCCAUAUCAUCAUCAUAAAGCAAAAAAAAAUAUAUAUAUAUAUAUAUAAUAAUGACAAAACAAAAAAUACAACAAAACCCUUGGUCAUUUGUAAGACACCUCAUGUCGUAUAAAAGUUCAAUGUAAAAAGAUAUAGUCUGUGUUGUCCUGAACACAUGUAGAUCUAUUCACGUCAUUAAAGAAAAAAAAAAUGAAGACUUAAAAAUGUGUAUACAGCAUUUUAGUGUCCAAGUAAGACAUAAAUGGUGGUGACUAUUCUGAAUUAUGAGUUAUCAUUGAGUGCUAAUACUGAGAGAAAAUUAACAUGACUAAAAUGUCUUAUUCAUUUUUGGACACUAAAAUAGCUCAGGAAAGUAAAAGAAAAGUCUUAGACAUAACAAAUCACAUGACCGUUAAUGUGCAGAUGUAAGAUUCAAUGUGUUUACAUCAAAUGGCAUAUUUUUAUUGAUUUAUUGCAGAUUCUGUGCAUAUGAGCCAAAUUGUUGAGUGUAUAAGAGCUAUAUUGUGUAUUUUAUUAAAUUAAUAUAUAGUUGUGUUGCAAAAUAUUUGGGCUUAUAUUGUAAAUGGCAAGUGUUGCCUCGGUAGCUGUCGAACUCUAUGAGUUUUGUUUUUUUCCUGCUUCCUUUUCCCCAUGGAGCGUGGGAAGCAGUGCCUCAGAGCAAAGUCUCUUGUUUAAUGUAUAGUCUACCAAGUACUACAGUACAUAAUUCUGUUCAAAAUGUGUUCGAGUGAGCUGAUGGAACUAACUGAAAGGUCAAAAAGAAUACAUGUCAGUCAUAGUUCUGUGCAAGUCCUUGUAGAAGCUUCAAUUAAAGUCAUGCUAAAUCACAAGAAAUACAUUUGUACCAAUACCUGAAAAUUCUUUACCAUGUUUUCAAUAACACAAAGCUCUGCUGUGUAGAUAUCAUAACAUUGAUUUGUUCUCAAAAGUACCUUCAGUGGUUCAGGUGUGUGUACACAUCAUAUUACUACUAAACAUGGUUUGAUGCAUGUGUAGUACAAGUGCUGGUUACAUGCAUUGUGUACUGUAUUUCAAGAGGUCUGGGUCUUAACAAAAUUUGUUUUCCUUUCUCUCUGUGCUCUUCUGCCUCCUUUUAUCGCUGUCCUUUAAGAACAAUACCCUUUAUUCCAUCACUCGAUUGCCCCAUUUCUCGUAACGUUUAGCAAGUUUCCAACUUACUUCCUUCUUAAGCUAAGACAACUCUAACUUUGGGAAUUGGGAAAAAUAAAAUUAGCACUCACAGAAGUAGUAGCAGAUGGAGAAAUGCCUUGAUUGACAUUUUCCUUCAGCAUUUAAAUUUUGUUUUUGGCAUUUAACAGCUUCAUGGCAAACAGUUUGAGCCCAUACCUUGGAGAACGUGGUGCUCAGUUAAAUAAAGGCUGUUUUUGCACUGGAGCAGAAAAAAAAAAAAAGAUUAUUUACAAACUGGAGAGAAUUUGUGCCUUCUUUUCUGGCCACCAAGCCAGUGUAGAAACAGCAUAAUGUCAUAAAAUCCUUAUACUAAAAACAAAAGGAAAAGCAAAACAAACAUUGUGCUAAAUUGAGUUUUGUAAUUAAAAAAAAUCUUCUGGACAUAUUUCCAUCAUUUCAGAAAAGUUUUAGAUCGUACCUCACUAGCAAAAUUGCUUUGCAGGUAUGAAGGGGUGACCUCCAUCAAUCAGCCUUAUCCUCCUGAGAACUGCAUUUGGUUCUUUAUUACAGCCUUUCCACAGCUCUACUCUGGAUUUUUUGUUAUCUGUAAAUGUCUAAAUCAGAAAACAAGGGAUCUUGUACAUGUGAAAUCCAAUUGACACUAUAUUUUGAGCAACUUUUGUGUCUACGGCGUGUUGUCUCUGUUCUAUAAUGUUACUUUUUCCAGGAGACUACAAAAUGACUUAGCUUGAUAGAUGAAAGUUGAUGGAAAACUGUUUCCUCUUAGUUUUUCCAAGCUUUGCCUCUCUCUCACUAUCCAGAUAACCACUUAUUAAAAUCUAAAGCAGUGUGCAAAUGAAUUCAACAUAAAGAAUAAGUUUAUUUUUUAAAACUUCUUAAUUCUAAGUAACUGGUUGUUCAAUGUAUUGUGUCUGAUGAUAUUGAAACACCACAUGAGUCACAGAAUCGCUUGUGCCAAUAUGUGAGGAAUUGACUCGAAGCAGCCACCAGUGAUUUAUUAGUGUUAGCUGUUUAAUACUUUAUGUGUAUUUACUAGUGAUUAUUUAUUUACAAGGGGUAGUUGGUGGUAGUUCAAGUCUGAACUCUGAGCUUUUAUAGUUGAGGGAAUCAUGCUUUUAUUUAUCUCCCUGGGACCUGCCCUUGUCACAGAACUCUGGUGCUUGGCUUCCAAGGAAGCCUUUGCGAUGCCAAAAUCACACCUUUGGGAAACAAUGUCUCUAAUGGGUGGCACACAAUCAGUAGAGUUGAAGGGGUUUCUGGAAUUAGAAUGCUUUACACACAUACACACACACAAACACACACACAAACACAUACACACAAAUACACACAUGAUGAAAAAUAAAGUCUUUUAAUUUUUUAGAGCUCUUUAAGUAAAGGAAAACUACAUUUUGGGAAGUUUUAGUUAAGAGACUCAAAAUACUGAAAAAUGCUUAUUGGUGAACUGCAAAAAAAUCUUCAGUAAUGAAAUCAUUUCUCCACUUGUUAAUAAUAAAAAUGUUUUCAUUGAAGUCCAAAAUAGUAAAAAUAAAAAUCAGUGUUAUAAUAUAUCAAAGUAAUAGCUGCAGAGAAAUGCCUUACGUAAUCUCAAAGAAGCUAUCAUAUUGUUUCUUUUCCCAACAAACUUAUCCCUAUUGCAAGCAACAUACAAAGGUUGGACCCUGUUCCGUAGAAUUAUUGGGUGAGAAAUUAAUUGUUCACUUCCCUAAAUUAACUGAGCUCUUGGAAAAUGUGACUUUCCUUUUAAGGAUUCAGGUACUGUUCAAAAAACAACAACAACAACCAAAAUAUGGCACAAAUGUAGGAAUGAGCAGGUUAAAAGCUGUUUGUUGUCUAAUGCAAUGGAAGAAGCUGGGGUCAACAAAUUGAUUGACUAGCACAAUAUAUACCUACUCAUUAUUGUCUAAUUAUAUUCUUUUGACAAGAGACAACAUUUACCAGAGCAUUAAUUCCAUGAGAGUUUUGGCUAUCAAGAUGUGUUGGUUUGAAACAUAAUUGAAUGAGACCUGAUUAAAGUCUGACUCUCCUGGCCCCAGUGUUUUGCAGGUUAGCUAGUUUCAUUUAUCAGUCCCAUCACUUCAUAAGGUUCUUCCUGCACCAAGUGAUUGGUGAACAAGGACAACAACAACAAAAGCAGCAUACAUUGUAUGGAUUUAUCUCAACACCUAUUGUUUAAUGGCUGUGUUUCAUAUGACCUGUCUGGAAAAUGAGAACUCCGAAUAAAAAGCUGUUACUAAUA